GCCGCCCGCCCGGGGCUCCCACCUCGCCGGCGCCGGGCCCGGGAGCGAUGACAUCGACGGGGAAGGACGGCGGCGGGGCGCAGCACGCGCAGUAUGUGGGGCCCUACCGGCUGGAGAAGACGCUGGGCAAGGGGCAGACAGGCCUCGUGAAGCUGGGGAUUCACUGUGUCACGUGCCAGAAGGUGGCCAUCAAAAUUGUCAACCGGGAGAAGCUCAGCGAGUCUGUGUUGAUGAAGGUGGAGCGGGAGAUUGCCAUCCUGAAGCUCAUCGAACACCCUCACGUUCUAAAGCUGCACGAUGUUUAUGAAAACAAAAAAUAUUUAUACCUGGUGCUAGAACACGUGUCUGGUGGAGAGCUCUUCGACUACCUUGUCAAGAAGGGCAGGCUGACCCCCAAAGAGGCUCGGAAGUUCUUCCGACAGAUCAUCUCUGCGCUAGACUUUUGCCACAGCCACUCCAUAUGCCACAGGGAUCUGAAGCCAGAAAACCUUCUACUGGAUGAGAAGAACAACAUUCGAAUCGCGGAUUUCGGCAUGGCGUCGCUGCAGGUUGGCGACAGCCUGCUGGAGACCAGCUGCGGGUCCCCCCACUACGCCUGCCCCGAGGUGAUCCGGGGGGAGAAGUAUGACGGCCGCAAGGCGGACGUGUGGAGCUGCGGCGUGAUCCUGUUCGCCCUGUUGGUGGGGGCUCUGCCCUUUGACGACGACAACCUGAGGCAGCUGCUGGAGAAGGUGAAGCGGGGUGUUUUCCACAUGCCGCACUUCAUCCCGCCCGACUGCCAGAGCCUGCUGCGCGGCAUGAUCGAGGUGGACGCGGCCCGGCGCCUCACGCUAGAGCACAUUCAGAAACACAUAUGGUAUAUAGGGGGCAAGAACGAGCCGGAGCCGGAGCAGCCCAUCCCCCGCAAGGUGCAGAUCCGCUCGCUGCCCAGCCUGGAGGACAUCGACCCCGACGUGCUGGACAGCAUGCACUCGCUGGGCUGCUUCCGGGACCGCAACAAGCUGUUGCAGGACCUGCUGUCCGAGGAGGAAAACCAGGAGAAAAUGAUCUAUUUCCUUCUCCUGGACCGGAAAGAAAGGUACCCGAGCCAUGAGGACGAGGACCUGCCCCCCAGAAACGAAAUAGACCCUCCUCGGAAGCGUGUGGACUCCCCAAUGCUGAACCGGCAUGGCAAGCGGCGGCCGGAACGCAAGUCCAUGGAGGUGCUCAGCGUGACAGACGGCGGCUCCCCGGUGCCCGCGCGGCGGGCCAUCGAGAUGGCCCAGCAUGGCCAGAGUAAAGCAAUGUUCAGUAAAAGCCUGGAUAUCGCUGAAGCCCACCCCCAAUUCAGCAAAGAAGACAGGUCCAGGUCUAUCAGCGGCGCCUCCUCGGGCCUCUCCACCAGCCCGCUGAGCAGCCCCCGGGUGACCCCUCACCCCUCUCCAAGGGGUAGUCCCCUCCCCACCCCUAAGGGGACGCCCGUGCACACGCCCAAGGAGAGCCCGGCAGGCACACCCAACCCCACGCCACCGUCCAGCCCCAGCGUCGGAGGGGUGCCCUGGAGGACACGGCUUAACUCCAUCAAGAACAGUUUCCUGGGGUCACCUCGCUUCCACCGCCGGAAAUUGCAGGUUCCAACACCCGAGGAGAUGUCCAACCUGACCCCGGAGUCGUCCCCAGAGCUCGCCAAGAAGUCGUGGUUUGGGAACUUCAUCAACCUGGAGAAGGAGGAGCAGAUCUUUGUGGUUAUCAAGGACAAGCCCUUGAGCUCCAUCAAAGCCGACAUUGUUCACGCCUUCCUGUCGAUCCCCAGCCUCAGCCACAGCGUCAUCUCCCAGACCAGCUUCCGGGCUGAGUAUAAGGCGACAGGGGGCCCGGCGGUGUUCCAGAAGCCGGUCAAGUUCCAGGUGGACAUCACCUACACCGAGGGUGGGGCAGCGCAGAAGGAGAAUGGCAUCUAUUCUGUCACAUUCACACUCCUGUCAGGCCCGAGCCGCCGCUUCAAGAGGGUCGUGGAGACCAUUCAGACCCAGCUACUGAGCACACACGACCAGCCCUCCGCCCAGCAUUUGUCAGACACCACUAACUGUAUGGAAAUGAUGACGGGGAGGCUUUCCAAAUGUGACGAGAAGAACGGGCAGGCGGCCCAGGCCCCCAGCACGCCCGCCAAGCGGAGUGCCCACGGCCCACUCGGUGACUCCGCGGCCGCUGGCCCCGGCCCUGGAGGGGACGCCGAGUACCCAACGGGCAAGGACACGGCCAAGACGGGGCCGCCCGCCGCCCGCCGCGAGCAGCCUUAGACACAUAGCCCCCUUCCCCAGCACGGCCCUGACAGUGGCCCCCAAGGCCGCCCCGCCGCCCGCCCGCCCGCCGCCGCCCGCCCGCCCGCGUGGACCCGGGGCCGCGCCCGUCCGCCCGGCUAGACUGUUGCGGAGCCGGGGAGGAAAGGAAAGGGGGCACCGGGGGCCAGCGCCUGCGGCGGGGCCCGCCCGUGCUCGCUCUUUCUCUCACUGUCUCUCUCUCUGCCUGCCUCUGACAACGCCACUGUUUCCGCUCUGAUACCAGGAAUUAUCCCGAAAAGUUAACAUGUCACCUCCACGAGGCCGUCCUCUGUGCUCCGCGCCGGACACCGGCUGACCGAAGGCAGCUGCCGCGGACCCGCCCUCUCUCGUCUCCUGCUGCUGCCGCCCGCGGCGAGGCCCCGCCCACCCGCGCGCCGCCCCGCCCCGCCCGCGGCGAGGCCCCG